AUGGCUCACCACCGCCACAGGGAGAGUUACCCGCCGCCGUUAUUCGUAGCGGAACUCGACACCGCCCCUAUCCAUGGCACGGUUGCUUCGCCGCAGGGCGGGCUCGCCUUUGAAAUGCCAGGCGAGUCGGCGCCUGUGCGGGCCGAGGAGAAGAAACCGGCUAGAGUGGCGGAUGUAGGCGAGAAUGUGCAGGCGAACCCUUGGCCGUUUUACCUGGAUCAGGAGGUGAAGCUGGGCGCUGAUGCGUCCGCGGAGGGUAAAGACAAGAAGGAGGAGGCGGAACAGGCGAAUCCGUGGCCGUAUCAUGGUCCUGCGUCGGGGGACGAUGCUCCCAGCGCGACGGUAUAUCCGCAGGUUCAACAGAGUGAGAAAUCUACCACUUUGUCAGGCGGCGUUGCGGCGAUGAAUCUAGAAUGGAAACCGGCACAGAAUGAAGCAUCACCGCAGUUGGGGAAAACACAUGAUGAUUCAAAAAUGGGAGAGCAGACUCUGAGUGCCGCGUAUCCGGCUCCACUGCGCGUUUCUCGUCCGAACAGCAUAUCCAUGACCUCUCCACCGACUAUCAAACCGUACAGUCCGCCGCCAGAGCGGGAGGACAUUCCGGCCGGAGGACUGGGCACUUCUUUGACGGGUGUGCCGCCAAAGUCACCGAUUCAAGGGCCGCAGUCGCCGGGUGUGCCGUACAGACCGUACAGACCACCUGAGUCGUCGCCGAAGCAGACGACGAUAUCUCAGUCUCCGAGUGCGGCGGCACCGCCUUUUUAUACGCCGUUUAAUCCUGAUUCUCAUUCUAAUUCUCGGCCGGGAAGUCCUCUGAAACAGGGGCCAUUUGAUGAUGCUGUGCAAAAUACGGAGAAUGGGACGACGAAUGCGCAGAGUCCUUCUAUUAGGCCGUUCUCAGCACCACAAGUCUCUCCUGCACCGUCAACAGCAAGUCUUGCUCAGAACAUCGCCCCUGCGCCAACACAAACACCUGCGCAGUCACCACCGCCAGUGAAUAUGGCAGCUCAAGCACCGCUGGUUCAACCGUCGCCCACACCUCCUGUUAUGACGCCUGUUUCUCCCAUGCCUCCAUACCGAUAUACCCCGUCGCCGCAUAUACCCUCCCCAGCAUCACCGUAUAUCAUCCAACAACCUACAUAUGCGCCGUCGCCAUCUCCACAAUCCCCCUACGCCAGGCCACAAGUCCAGCACGCCAACACGGAUCCCUCACAACCCGUAUAUACGCCGUCCAUAUACCCCGGACCCGGAGUAGGAACACGGCCGGACUCCCAACCGCCGCAAUACCCUUCAUACCUGCCCCCUCCGCCGUCUCCAUAUCCCUCCCAACCGACGUAUGCUUCUCCGCAAAGCCCGCCACUACCAUCUGGCAAACCUCCCCCGCCGCUACCGCCCCGACGACCAAACGCUCAGUAUGGCGGCUUCGGCGGCGGUCCUGCCAACGCGACGAGUUUCCCGCCGCCCCCGAAGACGCACUACAGUCCGAUGCCGAUGCCGCCUCGUCCCCAAGGGGGCGGCGGCAUGUCAAGCACCUCGCUGUUCAGCUCGAGCUCUGCGAAGAAAUGGCUCGAUAAGACGAGUCAAGUCCUUGAGAGUAAGCUCGAGUCUGUACUUCAGGGUCCGCAGGGUCCUGCUCAUAGACCUGCGUAUACGGGUCCGCCUCCGCAGGCGUAUCCUGCUGGACCUUCGGGAGGUAUGCCGCCGGGAUAUGGAUAUGCGCCUGGGCCGUGGGGACAAGGAUCGGGACCGGGACCGGGACCGGGACAGCCGCCUCCGGGGUGGAGGUAG